CCAGCUGCUAGCAGAGCUAACCCUGAGCAUUUUAACAGGGAGUAUUUACAGCCUAAUCGUUCGGGAGAGAUGAUUGCACUAAUUUUCUUUUCUGCUCUGCUGUGGGACAAGGCUCAGGCAUGGGGAUUCAAGGACGGAGUGCUGCAUAACUCCAUUUGGUUAGAACGAGCAGCUGGAGUGUAUCACAGGGAGUCACGCUCAGGGAAGUACCAGCUCACCUAUGCUGAAGCAAAAGCAGUCUGUGAAUACGAGGGAGGACACCUCGCCACGUAUCAGCAACUCGAGGCAGCGAGAAAAAUAGGAUUCCAUGUGUGCGCUGCUGGCUGGAUGGCAAAGGGCAGAGUUGGCUACCCCAUAGUAAAAGCUGGAGCCAACUGUGGCUUUGGAAAAACCGGUAUCGUUGAUUAUGGGAUUCGCCUCAACAGAAGUGAGCGAUGGGAUGCCUACUGCUACAACCCUAACGGAAAAGAAUGUGGUGGCGUCUUCACAGAUUCCAAACACGUUUUUAAGUCACCAGGCUACCCAAACGAGUAUGAAAAUGAGCAAAUUUGCUACUGGCAUAUUAGAGUAAAGUAUGGACAGCGUAUUCACCUACAGUUUCUCGAGUUCGAUGUCGAAGAUGACACUGCUUGUAUGGCUGAUUACUUGGAAAUCUAUGAUAGCUACGAUGAUAUCAAUGGCUUCGUGGGCAGGUUUUGUGGAGAUGAGUUGCCAGAUGAUAUCAUUAGCACAGGCAAUGUUAUGACCCUGAAGUUCUUGACAGAUGCCUCAGUAACUGCUGGUGGUUUUCAAAUUCGAUAUAUUACUAUGGAAACGCCUUCAAAGCCAGGUGAUGGAAAGAAUACAACAUCCCAAGGAAAAACAAACUUCUUGUCUGGAAAAUUUGGGAUCAUGUGAGCAGAGUAACGAGAUACACUCACU